UGCUAUAUUUAGAGGGGCUCGGUUAUAUUGAACUGACUUCAGACCUGGCUGCCUAUAGUUCUCUGUCUUCACCAGUCAGGUCAGUGAGGUGCAAACCGCCUCUCUUUCAUCCCUUUCUUUUCAUUCACCAUGGAUCCCAGAGGCUUGAGGGAGGAUCUGCGCCUGUUUCAGAGCACUCUGCUCCAGGAUGGCCUAAAGGAGCUUCUGAAUGAGAACAAGUUUAUUGACUGUGUUCUCAAGGUUGGAGACAGAAGCUUCCCCUGCCACCGGCUUAUUCUGGCAGCAUGUAGUCCUUACUUUCGAGAGCUUUACUUCUCAGAAGAUGGCAAGGAGCAGCAUAAUAAGGAGGUAGUUCUGGAGAAUUUGGACCCCACUGUUAUGGAGAUGAUAGUGAAUUACAUGUAUUCAGCAGAGAUUGACAUUAAUGAUGACAAUGUGCAGGAUAUUCUUGCUGUUGCAAACCGCUUCCAGAUCCCCUCAGUCUUCACUGUCUGUGUGAAUUAUCUUCAGAAGAGGCUGUCACAGAAAAACUGCCUUGCCAUCUUCAGACUGGGACUGAUGCUGGACUGCCCCAGACUGGCAGCUGCUGCUCGAGAUUACAUUGCAGAUCGGUUCGAAACCUUGAUCAAGGAUGCAGAUUUGUUGGAGCUUGCUCCUCAUGAGUUCUUUGCGAUUAUUGGCGCAGACGUCUUGAAUGUAGAGAAAGAGGAAGUAGUGUUUGAGUGCGUCAUGAAGUGGAUCAGGAAGGAUAAAGAGAACCGCAUGAAAAGCUUGAAUGAGGCCUUUGACUGCAUCCGCUUCCGUUUGCUCCCAGAGAAGUAUUUCAAGGAAAAGGUGGAGAAGGACGACAUUAUCAAGUCUGAUCCCGAGGUUCUCAAAAAAAUCAAGGUCAUCAAGGAUGCCUUUGCAGGGAAACUCCCUGAGAGGAAAAAAGCACCUGAUGGCGAGGAAGGAGAGGAGAGCAAGUUGUCUGGCUUUCUGAAUGAUAACCGCAGAUUCGGAAUGUAUGUGAAAGACAUGCUGCUGAUGAUCAAUGACAAUGCAGCAGUGGCCUACGAUGGUGUGGAGAAUGAAUGCUUCCUUGCUGCAAUGGCUGAGCAAAUCCCACGUAACCAUGUCAGCCUGGUAUCAAAGAAGAAUAAUCUCUACGUCUUGGGAGGAUUGUUCGUAGACGAAGAUGACAAAGAAACUCCACUACAGUGUUACUUCUAUCAGUUGGACACCCUUGGAAGUGAAUGGAGAGCUCUGCCACCCAUGCCCUCCCCCAGGUGUCUGUUUGCCAUGGGGGAAUUUGAAAAUCUCAUGUUUGCAGUAGCAGGAAAAGAUUUGCAGUCCAACGAGUCUCAUGACUCUGUUAUGUGCUAUGACACUGAGAAAAUGAAGUGGACUGAAACAAAAAAGUUGCCUCUGAAAAUCCAUGGCCACUGUGUUGUCUCUGAGAAUGGCCUGGUGUAUUGUAUUGGAGGAAAAACGGAUGACAAUAAAGCCACCAAUAAGAUGUUUGCGUACAACCACAAGAAGUCAGAGUGGAAGGAGGUGGCUUCUAUGAAGACACCCAGAUCCAUGUUUGGGGCUGUGAUCCACAAGGGAAAGAUUAUUGUGGCUGGGGGAGUCAAUGAAGAUGGCCUCACAGCUGCAUGUGAAGCGUAUGACUUUGGAACCAACAAGUGGUCACCCUUCACAGAGUUUCCCCAGGAGAGGAGUUCAGUCAACCUGGUCAGCUGUGGAGGGCUGCUGUUUGCUAUAGGCGGCUUCGCCAUGGUGGAGAUGGAGAACAAAGAGUGUGCACCCAGUGAAAUCAUAGACAUUUGGCAGUAUGAAGACGAUAAGAAACAGUGGACUGGGAUGAUCAAAGAGAUGCGCUAUGCAGCUGGGGCCUCUUGUGUGUCCAUGCGCGUGAAUGCAGCCAGAAUGCCCAAACUGUAAACACAGUUUGGGGAC